GUGGAUUGUUACUUAGUAUCAUGGAUUGUAACUAAGUUUUCUGGAUUGUUACUAAGUUUUCUGGAUUGUUACUUAGUAUCAUGGAUUGUAACUAAGUUUUCUGGAUUGUUACUUAGUUUUGUGGAUUGUUACUUAGUAUCAUGGAUUGUAACUAAGUUUUCUGGAUUGUUACUAAGUUUUCUGGAUUGUUACUUAGUAUCAUGGAUUGUAACUAAGUUUUCUGGAUUGUUACUUAGUUUUCUGGAUUGUUACUUAGUAUCAUGGAUUGUAACUAAGUUUUCUGGAUUGUUACUUAGUUUUGUGGAUUGUUACUUAGUAUCAUGGAUUGUAACUAAGUUUUCUGGAUUGUUACUUAAUUUAGUGGAUUGUUACUUAGUUUUAUGGAUUGUAACUAAGUUUUCUGGAUUGUUACUUAGUUUUCUGGAUUGUUACUUAGUUUUCUGGAUUGUUACUUAG